ACGAAGUUAAUGAAGUCUAUAUGCGAUAGAUUUCUUCCUUUAAAGUGUUCUUCAUCGGGCGCAGAUGAAAAACGUGAUAAAACCCCAGCAUCUCUAGUUUCAGAUGCAGCAUCUAGGGAUAACGAGUCAAAGCUGACGUUAUUGUCGAAUGUGUUUGCGCCUUCAUCCUCAGUUUCUCAACCGUGUAGGGAGGCUUCAACAUCCGAGCAUAAGCCAGUUUGUGCCACACAUAAUGGUUGGACAGUAAUUCUAAAAACAGCUUCUAUGGCUAGUGGGGCAAUUAGGAGGUUUCAAGAGCGUGUUUUAGGGCCGAGUAGGACCGGUGUUCCCUGCAGUACAAGUGAGAUAUGGCUCCUAGGUGUCUGUUAUAAAAUCUCAGAGAGUGAAUCCUCAGAAGAAGCUGAUGCUGGCCGUGUAUUGGCUGCAUUCAGACAAGACUUUUCGUCCUUGAUACUAAUGACAUAUCGUAGAGGUUUUGCGCCUAUUGGAGACACAACUUAUACUAGUGAUGUCAACUGGGGUUGCAUGCUUCGAAGUGGCCAGAUGCUCUUUGCACAGGCACUGGUAUUUCAAAGGCUGGGAAGGUCUUGGAGGAAGAAAGAAUCCGAGCCGCCUGAAGGGGAAUACUUGGAGAUCUUAGAACUUUUUGGUGAUUCUGAGUCUUCAGCAUUCUCCAUACACAAUCUCAUACUAGCUGGAGAAUCAUAUGGCCUGGCUGCUGGGUCAUGGGUAGGACCAUAUGCUGUAUGUCGAUCAUGGGAAUCAUUAGCUCGGAAGAAAAGAGGAGAAACUGAUGUGAAGCACCAUUCUAGUUCCAUGGCUGUUCAUAUCGUUUCUGGCAGCGAAGAUGGAGAGAGAGGUGGAGCUCCAAUUCUCUGUAUAGAUGAUGUCACCAAAACUUGUUUGGAAUAUUCAGAAGGAAAAACUGAGUGGCCGCCGAUUCUUCUCUUGGUCCCACUUGUUCUUGGACUUGACAAAGUGAACCCGAGGUAUAUUCCAUCUCUGAUAGCUACUUUCACACUCCCUCAAAGCCUCGGAAUUUUGGGCGGCAAACCAGGUGCAUCAACUUACAUAGUUGGAGUUCAAGAAGACAAAGGUUUCUACCUUGAUCCGCACGAUGUUCAACAGGUAGUGACAGUCAACAAAGAAACACAAGAUGUUGACACAUCGUCUUACCAUUGCAAUACUCUUCGUUAUGUUCCCUUGGAGUCACUCGACCCUUCGCUAGCCCUGGGAUUCUACUGCCGCGACAAAGAUGAUUUUGAGGAUUUUUGUAUCCGAGCAACGAAGCUAGCCGGAGACUCUAAUGGUGCUCCUCUGUUCACAGUAACUCAGUCUCACAGAACUGACUGUGGAAUUGCAGAAACCAGCACAGAUAUCUCUGGUGAGGAACAUGAAGAAGAUGACUGGCAAUUACUUUGA